AUGCAGGUCGACAGCCCGGAGCUGGUGGAGAAGGUCAAACAUGGAGAGAUCGAUGAAUCGCUCUAUAGCAGACAGCUAUAUGUCCUUGGACACGAAGCCAUGAAGCGGAUGGGUUCAUCAAAUGUGCUCAUCGUCGGUCUCAGAGGUCUCGGUGUUGAAAUAGCUAAGAACAUUGCCCUGGCUGGCGUUAAAUCCCUGACUUUAUUCGACCCCGCACCUGCAGCCAUCUCCGACCUCUCUUCACAAUUCUUCCUUAAGCCAGAGGAUGUUGGCAAACCUCGAGCUGAAGUGACGGCUCCGCGUGUUGCAGAACUCAACGCUUAUACUCCGGUUUCUGUUCUCCCCGGACAGAGCCUUACAGAUGACCUUUCCAGGCUAAAGGGGUUCCAGAUAGUCGUUCUCACCAGCACAACUCUCAAAGAUCAGCAGCUAAUUGCCGAGUUCUGCCAUGAGAAUGGGAUAUAUGUUAUUAUUGCGGAUACGUUUGGUCUCUUUGGUUAUAUCUUCACCGACUUUGGCAAGAACUUUACAGUCGGGGAUACUACAGGCGAGAAUCCAUUGAGUGGUAUUGUCGCCGGAAUCAACGAGGAAGGGCUGGUCUCUGCUCUUGAUGAUACCAGACAUGGAUUCGAAGAUGGCGAUUUUGUCACUUUCACCGAAGUGCGUGGAAUGGAAGCGCUCAAUAACUCGGAGCCUAGGAAGGUUACAGUCAAGGGACCAUUUACAUUCUCCAUCGGAGACGUGAGCGGACUGGGGACCUACAAAAGUGGGGGGCGUUAUACCCAGGUCAAGAUGCCCAAGUUCAUCGACUUCCACCCAUUUAGUGAACAGCUUAAGAAGCCGGAGCUCGUCAUCUCGGAUUUUGCCAAAUUCGAUCGACCGGCACAGGUCCAUCUCGGUGUCCAAGCCCUGCAUAUGUUUGCCGAAACUCACAAUAACCAGCUUCCUCGACCUCACCAUGAAGAAGAUGCAAAGGAAGUCAUUGCCCUCGUUCAGAAGCUUGCUGAUGAAGGCGAGGAUAAGGUUGAGAUUGACGAGAAGCUUAUUCGUGAACUGAGUUACCAGGCUAGAGGAGACUUGUCCCCUAUGGCCGCUUUCUUCGGUGGACUGGCUGCACAGGAGGUCCUGAAGGCUGUCUCCGGCAAGUUCAACCCAAUUGUCCAGUGGAUGUACUUUGACUCUCUAGAGUCCCUUCCAACCACUAUCAAAAGAUCUGAAGAGCUUUGUGCUCCAAAGAACUCGAGAUACGACGGUCAAAUCGCUGUUUUCGGGCAAGAAUUCCAAGAUAAGCUGUCAAACAUCAACGAGUUCCUUGUUGGAGCCGGUGCUAUCGGUUGUGAGAUGCUCAAGAACUGGGCCAUGAUCGGUCUUAGCACAGGCCCCAAGGGCCAAAUUACCGUCACUGAUAUGGACCAGAUCGAGAAGAGUAACCUUAACCGACAAUUUCUGUUCCGUUCUACUGAUGUCGGAAAACUGAAGAGUGACUGUGCUGCCACGGCUGUUCAGGCGAUGAACCCCGAUCUCAAUGGAAAGAUUACCGCCCUGAGGGAACGAGUUGGCGCAGACUCAGAACAUAUUUUCAACGAAGACUUCUGGGGCACGCUUGACGGAGUUACUAAUGCUCUUGACAAUGUUGAUGCCCGUACAUAUGUUGACAGACGUUGUGUGUUCUUCCGAAAGCCUCUCCUUGAGAGCGGUACCCUAGGUACCAAGGGCAACACCCAAGUUAUCAUUCCGAGACUCACCGAGUCUUAUUCCAGCUCCCACGACCCACCAGAGAAAUCAUUCCCCAUGUGCACUCUGAGAAGUUUCCCCAACCAGAUUCAGCACACCAUCGCUUGGGCGAGAGACAUCUUCGAGUCCCUGUUUGCCGGACCUCCUGAGGUUGUAAACCAAUAUCUUACUCAGCCAGGCUAUAUUGAGCGUACCUUGAAACAGGGUGGGUCUGAGAAACAGACCUUGGAGAACCUCCGCGAUUUCCUAGUGACCGAGAAGCCUCUCAGCUUCGAUGACUGUAUUGUCUGGGCUAGACACCAGUUCGAGAAGUAUUACAACAACGCUAUCCAGCAGCUCCUAUUUAACUUUCCUAGGGACUCAGUCACUUCUAGCGGUGCUCUCUUCUGGUCUGGACCAAAGCGUGCACCAACCCCGUUGAAGUUUGACUCCAAAAAUGAUACCCACCUUGCGUACAUCAUUGCCGCCGCCAACCUUCAUGCAUUCAACUACAACAUCAAGAACCCUGGCGCCGAUAAGGACCAUUACCGCAAAGUGACCGAUGACAUGAUCAUCCCGGAGUUCACUCCAUCAUCCGGUGUGAAGAUCCAGGCUGAUGAUAACGAGGAGCCUGAGGCACAGCCGACAUCAUUCGACGAUAAUGAAGAAAUCAAUAAGCUUGUCAGCUCACUCCCAGACCCCAAGUCUCUUGCCGGGUUCAAACUCCAGCCUGUUGAGUUUGAGAAGGACGAUGACACAAACCAUCACAUUGAUUUCAUCACUGCUGCCAGCAACUUGCGUGCGGAGAACUAUGAGAUUGAGCCUGCUGACCGACACAACACCAAGUUCAUCGCUGGAAAGAUUAUCCCAGCCAUUGCUACCACCACUGCCUUGGUGACUGGAUUGGUGAUCCUAGAGCUGUAUAAGGUCAUUGACAAUAACCAGGAUAUUGAGAGAUACAAGAACGGUUUCAUCAACCUUGCCCUUCCGUUCUUCGGUUUCAGUGAGCCAAUUGCUAGCCCGAAGACCAAGUACAACGGUCCAAACGGUGAGGUGGUCUUGGAUAAGCUGUGGGACCGUUUCGAGGUGGAUGAUAUCACCCUGCAAGAGUUCCUGGACCACUUUAAGAAGCAAGGUCUAGAGAUUGUCAUGGUUAGCUCUGGCGUCAGCCUGCUCUAUGCCAGUUUCUACCCACCUGCGAAGGUCAAGGAUCGUCUGCCCAUGAAGAUGAGCAAGUUGAUCGCAGAGAUCAGCCGCAAGCCGAUCCCUGAACACCAGAAGAGUGUGAUUAUUGAAAUACACCCUGAGACUCCUGAUGGCGAGGAAGUCGAAGCUCCCUACGUCAUGCUCAAGCUUGACAAGUAG